GUGGCCUUCUUUCUCUUCUCUUUAGUACUUUCAAUUCAAAAAGUUCAAUAUUUUCUAUUGUUAUUUCAUUUCACUUUUGUCUUUACCCUUCCCUCCCUCCCCUCUCUUUCCUAAAAAAAAAAACUCAUGCUGCCUUCCUCUCUUUCUCUCUCCCUUUCUCUCAUUUCCUCUGCCCAAUUUCAAAUCUAGGGUUUGCUUUUUCUUUUUUCUUUUUUUCUUCCUGCCUUUUCCUCCUUUCUAUGCUUCAGAAAUGUUUUGACAACUGGUACAACUUUGAGGUGUGGUUUUUGGGGUGCCUCUGCAACUUUGGAUUUUCUGCAUUCUUCUUGAGGAGUUCUAAUUAGUGUGAUCUUUAGCCGUUAGGUUGUGUAAGUUCAGUUUUUGUUGGUUUUCUUCUGUAGUUUACUCUGCCUUGUUGAGUACUAAGUUCAAGACUACUGUUUGUUUAGCAGAAGGGCCUUUUUUCCAGUUAUUUUUGCAAAACCCAUGUUAAACCCUUGAUUAGGUUUCCCGGGUAGUGCUGAAUUGUCUUUUUGGUUUUGUUUGGUGAGAUUUUGGUUGCGUUUUCAGAUGAAUUUAGUGGGUCAGCUUUAGAUUUGGCAUAAGGAGUGUUUAAAGAUUGUUUUUUUUUUUUUUUUUUUGGGGUUUGCUUCAAAGCUGGGAUUUUUGAUUCGGAAGUGCGUUGGAAUUAGAGUCUUUAGGAGGUGAAUAAUUAGGGAAUAAAAUCAAUAAAUGCAUGGAUGGAAGAGAAGGAAUGGCUCUAUCUGGGUCAGCUGCAUAUUACUUCAACAGGGGUGGUGGGGUUGGUGGGUCUGCUUCAGGUUCUAAUGUUGGUGGUGGGGGUUCUAUGAACCAAUCUGGGGUUGGAUUGGCUUCUCCCCACGGUUUUAAAACCCUUUCCAACCCCAAUAACAUUUCGGUUCAAUCAAAUUACGGUGGUGGAGGGGGUGGUGGUGGUGGUGUUCCCAUUAUGGGUUCCGCAUACCAUGUAGAGAACCCUUCAGCCAGCUACCCUCAUGGCGGCAUCACCAUGUCUAUGGCCUCUAGUAUUUCCCCUAGUGAAACUGGUAAGAAGAAAAGAGGGAGGCCUCGAAAAUAUGCCCCGGAUGGGGCAAAUAUGAAGCUUGGACUUUCUCCAAUGUCUUCUAAGCCAUCUCCGGAAUCACUUACGCCCGGCGGCUCAAGAAAGAACCGCGGGAGGCCACCUGGAAGUGGGUGGAAACAGCGACUGGCUCCACUAGGUGAUUGGAUGAACAGUACUGCUGGACUGGCUUUCACACCGCAUGUCAUUCAUGUUGCAGUUGGGGAGGAUAUUGCUGCAAAGAUAAUGUCAUUUGCGCAACAGAGACCGAGAGCUUUGUGCAUUUUGUCAGCUACUGGUAUUGUGUCUGCUGUGACUCUACGUCAACCAACAACCACCAGCACCAUGACAUACGAGGGCCGGUUUGAGAUAUUAUGCUUGUCAGGUUCUUAUUUGCUUGCUGAAAGUGGUGGUCCUCGUAACCGAACUGGUGGUCUUAGUAUCUCUGUAUGUAGUACUGAUGGACAGGUUUUUGGUGGUGCGAUAGGGGGAAAACUUGUAGCUUCGACGCCAGCUCAGGUUUGUUUACUGUUUAUGCUGUCUUGUUAUCAGAUAUUUUGUUUUAAAUUCGCUUGCUUGCUGUUCAAUGUUUUGUGUUUCAGUUGGUGCUGCCAAAAUUAUUUUGUUUUUCUUUCUGAACCUUGGCUCGGGAGUGAGAGAAGAUAGAAUUAUCUAUGUUUGAGAAUGCGAUCUUUUGUCCUUUCUGGUCUCCUCAUGUUGAGUAUUUCCCUUCGUUAUUUUCAUUUUUAUUUGUACUUGUGAAUAAAGUAGGACAGUUGAUGAAUAACUUGGUGCUUGUGGUUACUGUGGCUAUAGAAGCUCUUGUAAUGAAUGUUGAAUGCUGUAUCAGGUGGUUGCAUGCAGUUUCGUAUUUGGUGGUACCAAAGGAAAGACCAAAUCUGAAUCCAGUGAUAAAGAUGAAAAGAGCUUGGUGCCUAAGCUUGAUCAGAAGCCGUCACUACAAGUUACAGUUGCUUCUAGUCAGGGUCAUACUGCUAAUUCUGGAAUAGGUAACUGGCCUUCUGUUUCCCGGCAAGAUUUGAGGAAUCCCCAAACAGAGAUUGACUUGACGCGCGGAUAAUACAAUUUGCUACAAUUGACACAUGGCAAAGUUUUGUAUAUAUGUGUUGUUGUUGUAAAUGAAACGCGCCUGGGAGACGAGCAAACUCUUGACCUUGUGGUUGUUGCCUGCAGCCACACUAGUAGAUGCUGGUUUGUGCUAACAUAUUCUGUAACAAAGCUAUUUUUCUUAGUUGUCUUUAGUAGCGAUAGAUUUAUGAUUUUUGAGAUUAGAAUGUCAUGAUGGGUGGUUGGUAGGAGUAAAUUAUGGUUCUUCAUUAUGAACUUGGGAAUUCUAAAAAAAAAACAAAAUCAUUUGAAGCACUUCUUUGAGUUCUUUUACAUCUCUGUUGUAACUUGUAACUGCAUUACUUUGAUUGUGAAACUCAUUGAUUAAUACUGCGGGUUAAGUUAGAUUUUCAGGCG